UAUUACGAAGAUUUUGUAUUUAGUAAUGCUGUUGUCCCAAUGUCGAGGCAGGUACAAGUAUAAAACUCUGGAGACAUUGGAGGAAACAUACAAGGGAUGGCAUAAACAAAUGAAAUAUAAUCAUUGGACAGAAAAUAGAAUGAUUGUUGCUACAGGAGGGGUUAAACAUAUUGGUAAAGCAAAAAUUGUGACUGUAAGAUGUCACUACAAUACUGUUACAAAUGUUGCUUUUAACGUAGCUGAAUGGACUUUCUUUUUCAUUGUACGGUGGAGUUCCAAGCAUAUGCCUAUCCUUAGUAAGCCGAGAUGGCCUAGACCAGAAGAUGAAUUCAAAAUGAUUGGAGGUGCAGGAUAUCUGGAUUAUGAAAGAAUGGGUUUUACUAACAUAAGAUGGCAACCCAGGAGAGAUCUUAAAAAAAAAGUCAAGCCUCAUAUAUUGUGUGCUGCAGAAAAUCAGGGUGGUGAUCAUCGAUUAGAAAGAAUUCGUACAUGGAGAACUGAUUUUCUGCAAAUGUACUUCAUUAUGGAUGAGUGCGACUCUCCUGGCCAAUUCCAAUGUGAGUCCUUAUUUAAGGUUAGGACAAGAGGUAAAUUUUUAGGACAUCCUGCCUAUGCAUAUUUUAAUGCAGACAAAGCACCAGGAGGAGGAGUCAGUUCUAAAUGUAAUACACAAAAGAAAAAUAAAGAUGAAGAGAAACAGUACCUUGAACUUUUGGAAACUCUACCAGACAUCUAUUUGGAAUCUGCAAGAUUGUCUUAUGUUGAAUCAGAGGGUUACAAUAAAGAAAUUCCAACUAUGGUUCAAGAUCCAAAACAAAGACCAUCAAAGGGUGGCUAUACCCAAAUUCAUGCAAAAUAUGAUGAAAUAAAAAGCUUAAGAUACAUGAAGUUACAAUGCAAAGUGGAUAUGCAGAAAAUCAAAGCAAGAAUUAUAAGGGUGACUGAGUUUUACUUCUUCUAUCAGCCACUGUCUGACUGGCCUAAUGCACGGGUGAUAUUGGCAGGCCUGGUGAAGAAAAAAGCAUUAUUUGUGCAUCCAUACAGAUUUCGAAUGUUUCCCCAGUUUCGUAUUCUGCUGGAUAAAAAGAAAAAUGCUGCAUGGGAUGGUAGAACAGGCAGUGGAAAUCAAGCACAUUUUUCUAUAACCAUACCAAUGGAUCUGUGUGAUACUCUUACGGGGUCAUUCCAAUGUCAGGCUAAAAUAAUAGCACCUGGUUUCUCUGAACAUAAUAAUAUCUCAUUGGUCACAGGAUGGUACAAACUAGAUCACUCCCCUUUUACCAAAAAGAGCAAAUACUGUGGAAAAGUUGCAGUAUCAAACAUGUCAAAAAGUAAAGAUGUGAAAAAUGAAGUAAAUGUUGAAGAUAAAGAUGACAUUGAUGUCUCAGUAUCAGCAACUCUACAACCAAUAAUUACAAAUGAGGAGGAAUCAGGAGGAGGAGGAGCAGGGGUUGCCAUUGGAAUUAUCUGUGCCAUAGUUGGGCUAGGAGUCAUUGGAUUUGUAGCCAUCAAAAUGUACAUGAAAAAGAAAGUAAAAGACAAUAAGGAUGUUAGUGAAAAGAGACCAAUUAACCAGGCAGCAGGAAGGGGAAGAGGCCGUGGCAGGGGUCGUGGACGUGGAGGAGGGCAGAUUUAAGCUGAGGCCUAGCGAAUGACAUUCAUGGUCCCAGAUUGACCGAAGAUUGCCAAAAACAUUAAAACAUUUGAAGUAGCUGAAGGAAGUUCAUUAUUCACUUGCAGCUGCUUGUGAAGGGAAUUACAAAGGACACAAUGGCUAGUGAAAUGCAUACCUCGAAAGGAAGAAGCUUCUUCCCUCUUUCAAAUGAUUUAAUAUUUUUAGUUCAGAGUAUGACUUGCAUUAAUUUUUGUUUUAAAAAAUGGCUAAUGAAAUAAAGAAAGUGUGUACAAUA